AACAUCAGCAACCAGUUGAUGCCAAGACAGGUUGGUUGAUUCGAGCACCAGCUUUGCAAAAUUCGUGUUCUAAUAAGGUUCUCUUUAUCAAAAAAGCGUGUUACUAAAAUUAUCACUGUAACCUGCUUCACUAAAACAUAUUUCUCGUUAUAUUGUUGACAAAUAAAGCAAAAAUGGCUGCAUCAAAAGUCGAUCUGACUCACAUAUUGGAAUGCAAGAUUUGUUUGGACACCUAUCAUAAACCAAAACAGCUUACUUGUGGCCAUUCUUAUUGUCAAGAUUGUUUAGACAGUAUUCUUGUUUUUAACAAUGAUGGAAGUGCUGAACUUCCUUGUCCAUUAAGAUGUAAUGGAAAGACAUUGGUAAAUCAACAUGAAACAACGGCUUCUUUAGUUACUGCAUAUACAUUAAAUGACCUUUUGGAUCAGAUGCCAGUUGGUAAAAUAAAUAGUCCUUUGUGCCAACAAAGUGAGCUAUGCCAUCGUAACAUCUCCUGCUUCUGUACAAAAUGCAGUGUAAAGAUCUGUGACAGAUGUCAAAGCCCACAUUCUUGUACCAACAAAUCUUUUACCAAUGUCAGUUUUAACGAAAAAUUGAAAGAACUCCAACCAUUGUGUAAACAACACAACUCAAUUGCAAAAUUUGUCUGUAUUGACUGUGAAAAUCUGUUUACCUGUGUGUAUUGCACACACAGGCAACAUAAGAAUCACAGAAUCAAAUCGAUAGAUGAAUUUGGUGUGGAAGCCAAAAACUGGUUUCAAUCGUUUAUCAACUCAUUCGAUGAAACAAAAGUGGUGUUGGAAAAGUUAACAAGGAAAUACGGUGACGCUCUAAAAAAAAUUGAGAAAGAAAGAGAAGCACUUGCUCUUAAGUUGAAAGAAAGAAAGUUGAAACGACUAGAACAGUUUCUUAAAAUGCUAAAUAAAGAAGAAGAAGAUCUAUUGAAAUCAUUUGAUGAGAAAUCUAAAGAAUUUAAAGCAAAAUUGAUUUCUGCUGGUUUUGUUGACAAUACCAACGUAAAAGAAUUUAGAGAUUACAUUCAAAGUUUUAAUUUAAAAUCCCAUUUCGAGUUAGUUGCUGAGAAGAUAGAAAUCGAACGACAACUGCGCAGACUAUCCUCUUUUCCAAAAAUUAUCCCAGCUUUUAAGUCAUAUCUUUAUGAAAUGAACAAAGAAGACUUUUUGGUACAUCCAUUGGGUGAAAUGAAAAUUUUUUUUUGCAUUGAUAACAUCACCACUGUUGGUUUAGCUUCUAGUGAAUUUUCUGUUUAUAAAAAUGUGAUUGAUGAAAGUAAAGCAGAACUGGACCAUUCACAAUUAUCAACAGAUUUAAUGAAAUUAGUUGAAUAUCUGAAAGAGUAUGAAAAACCACUGGCUAAAGCUAACAUUGGUAGUAGGAAGCAAUUAGUCGGCGGUGUAAAGCGAAAAGAUACGCAGAAGGCUGAAAAGAAAUACACAUUUGACGAUGUUAUGGUGAUAAUACAAAAUAGUGAUGUCAAGAUGUUGCAAACAAUUCUUAUUGAUGAUCCAACUAUCGUUGAAAUGAGAGAUAAUAUGGAAGCAACACUAUUGAUGGAAGCUGCAUUGCACAAUAAACCAUCAAUAGUGAAAUCUUUGAUUGAUGCUGGUAGUGAUGUGUAUGCUGCGAAUAAAUAUAAACAUAAUGCAUAUCACUACAGUGCAUAUUUUGCUCAUCAUGAAGUUUUAAAUGUUUUAAUUAAUCAUGACGUGACAAAUAUAAACAACGUAAGCAAAUAUAAUUCCACACCCUUACAUUAUGCAUCUAGCAAUGAUCAUAUUGAAUGUGUGAAGUUGUUGUUUUCUGUACCACAUAUCGAUGUAAAUAUACGAAACUAUCGGAAUGAAACAGCUUAUGAUGUUACUCGUAAUGACACUAUCAAACGUUUAUUGCAAGAACAUCGAAUGAAUAAUAACUAAUUAAUAAAUUACUUUUUUAUUUUCUUACGCAAUUUUAAAAGUCGUAUUACACAUUGUUUUAUACAAGAAUCGAGAUUUUUAUAUACAUUUGUUAGAGAAGCCAUUUGUGUCCAGAUCUUUUGCGAAAUUAUAAAAUAGAAAAAAAAUCAAUCUUUUGAGAUAUACUGUAACUUUAGGUUAUAUCUGUAGCGCGUUAAAGGAGUUUUGUGUUUAUAUGGAACGAUUCUCCACUACAAGCGAAGCAAAUAUUAAGAGUUAUAACAUAAAUCACUGCUUUUACUUGAACUAAUUUCUAUUGAAUUAACAUGAAUAUGCUCGGUUUAUAUCGUAAACAAGUUAUCGCACUUGUUCUCGUCAUAUGUUUUUUUCGUUUUUUAGUCCCGUAUAUUUCGCCUAAACGACAUAAAAAAACUCAAAAAAAAUAUUUUGCGAUAUUUGUUUCCGCACUGUGCGAUAACUACUACUACUUAUUACACGUGUUUUCUGUACUGUAAAAAAUUAAUUGAUACCAAUAAAGAUUAUUCCAUAUGCACUAUAUUCACAUUACUCAAACGAUCUUUAUCUAUUUUGACUUCGUCAUCUAGAGUAUUGAUGCUAAGAUAUACCCUACAAUUAACUUUGUAUCUCAUUUUUGUCUAGAAUUGUAGAUUAGGCGAAGAUUUAGACUGAGAUAUGCCCAACAAUCAAAAUUGUCUCAGUGUUUGUGUCUAGAAUUGUUGUAUAACUGAAAGAAUGAGAUCUGCUCUAGUAUAUUAGGAGAACACCUAGGCUGAGAUAUGUUCAACAUUUUAAUUUGUCUCCGUAUUUUUGUCUGGAAUUGUAGAUUAGGUGAAGAUUUAAUAUAUAUUUAUAUAUAUA